ACUGCGGAAGCCAUUAGGAAAACAAAAGUGCACUACGUAUGGGCUGCAGUUUUACAGUUACACUUUCCACUGUCGUAUAGUUUAGCAGCUCGUAGUUGAAAUAAACCACUUGAAGAGUAUGCGGCUUGGUACGUGUUAAUGAGCAAAUAUGAGGUCCAAUUCGUCUCCCUCAUUGACUCACACUCGCAGUUUUGUCUCGGUCCGCCAAAGCCUUCCGUUGAGUUCUAAACUAGCACUAACACUUAGCCUUUUGGACUCAGCUGCCGAGCAAUUAAUGGUCCUGAGGGAUUUCCGAUCUGCUUUCAACACAUGUGAGAGUGGUCUGGAGAGUCUUCGCAAUGCAGACCAAGAAGACAGCAGGUAUGGAGAACUGAAAAUGUCACUUAGCGUUGUGGGAAUACAAGCAUUGGCAGAACUCAAUCAGUGGCAUGGAGUCUUACCAUGGAUUCUCCACAAUUAUGAGUGCCCUGAGAAAAUACCUGCCAAAAUAAUGCAGAUGUGCUUACUCCUUUACACAAAAGUUGGUGAGCAAGCUGCGAUGCAGGAGGCAGGCAAUGUUUGGCUGCACUUCCCAUCCAACAGGAGACUGACAGGAUAUGGGACUGUAGCAGAGCUGUAUCUAUUGCAUAUUUUAGUGCCUUUAGGUCAUACGAAAGAGGCACGGGAGUUGAUUUUCGAAGAAGUCGGAAGCGUUGCGUUUGCUGAGGACCAGAAGCAGACAGCACUCGAUAUCGUGGAGAAUAAAGAAAACCUCAGUCAACAACAACCUGCAAACCCUAGCCCUGACCCCAGUGAGGUGGUGGUUGUUGGACUCGCCACACCACAAGGUGCUGUGAUUGGUAGUGUUGAGGCCAUGCUAAGGCUUUUGUACCGAGGACUGUCCGUAGCCAGCACCGGAACACUCCAUCUUCGAAGGUUCUUUCUAGCUGUGGUCAUUCUCUACAUCCUGUUUGUCCGGAUGGAUACAGCUCAUCCUUCGUCUUUUCCCUGGAUUUCACGGCUGAUACAGGUGUUGAAUCAGAUGCGGAAUGCCUUGUUUUCUCCUUAACAUCCUGCCAGAGAUUACAACUGUCAAAGAACCCUGACGCUGGGACAUCAUGGUUUAAAUUGACGGAGACCAAUUUGCCCCCUAAAUGUGUAAAUAUGAAUUACUCCCUAAGGUGAAACUAGAAAUGCUAGUUAUUUCUUGUCAACAACAUCAUGAAUAACUUCAUAAUCUUUCUGGUGUUGGUAAUUAGCUUUUUUUUUUUGUCUCUAUAUUCCAAAUUUGGAAUUUGAAAAUAAACAAUUGCUCUCUG